AUGUCCCGCGACUCGCUAGCAGCAUUCCGCAAGUCACCGUCUUCGGACGACCUUGCCGCCCUUGCUGAGAAGCACAUUGAACACGACCUCCGAGAUUCCGAUCGCGAUCUCCUUAAAAGCGCUGCUGCCAAAGUGAGCACGCAUGCAACCAUUGGCUCCGUCGUUGGGUUGGGCUUGGGGUUCCUGCUUGCCUUCCGCCUCAGACGGGCCCGCGCAGACAUGUUUGCGGCUUUUCGGGCUACCGAGAAGCCAACACAUGUGCAGUUCGCCAAUGGGAGGACAGAACCCAUCCCUGACAUGACGGACAAGAUGGCCCCGACGAGAAUUGGGGAUGUUGCCGCGUACUCUCUACUUGGCCUGGGGAGUCUGUUCUUGGGAGGCGAGCUCGGCUUCGUCUCUGGAACGGCGUCGGCGGCAAAGAGUAUCAGAAACGAUCCUGAGAGCAUGGCACGCAUCGAAAAUGCCUUCAGGAGGUUCAGAGCUGAUGCGCUAAGGAAGGAGGCCGAUCGUCUAGAUGGCGGCGAAAAGAUCCUGGAUAGGAUCUUCUGA